UUGCGUGAGAUUAAACGUAUCACAUGACAUUUGCAAAAAAAUAAAAUUUUUCUGUAGGUAUUCGCGACAUCGUUUCCAGAUGACGAUUGCUGAGAGAAGUACUGGAGGGGAGCACCCAGUACUGUCACAACGCAGGCUCUUGGACUGCACAAAUGCUGCUGAUACAGGGUCAGAUGAAACUGGAUCAGAAAGGAAUCUCAUUCGGGGCUCAAAUGAAGCCUUGCACCACCAAGGUAGAAGACUAUUGUCCAGACCAACUGUUGAACCGGCAGUAUUUCUUUUCCUAGCAGCAUCAGCAGUAUCAAGCACAGUCACACAGACAUUAUUCUUGCAACGUGUAUGUGAAGAAGAUUUGGGUUACAAUGCAACUGUGUGCUCUCACCUCGAUUCCACUAAUAAUACUUCAGAACAACCUCAUACUGCUAGCCUGCUCAUGAGCAAGACUUUACUGGAAACUUUGUUGCCAGCUACACUAACCCUUUUCUUGGGCCCCUGGAGUGACCGACAUGGCCGAAAACCUCUGCUUCUCUUCCCCUUGAUAGGUCAUGCAACAACAUAUGCAGCAUAUGCUGGACUCUCUACUAUAGACCAUUUGCCACCACGCUAUUUACUUCCUGCGUCCAUACCUAUUGCUCUAACUGGUGGCUUUAUUGCAUUGAUCUUAUCUUCGUACAGCUACAUUGCCGAUGUAAGUCAUGCUGAUAAAAGAGGAUUGAGGCUCAGUUUAGUGGAAGUAUCUGUGAGCCUGAGUUCAAUCAGUGGCAAUGCAGUUUGUGCACCAUUGUAUAAAGCCUAUGGAUUUGUUGGCAUAUUUACAACUGCAGCUGGUCUGUGUCUGGUGGGCUUCUUUUAUGUACUGUUCCUGCUACCAGAAUCAAUCACUCCACCGCAUUCUCAGCCAGAGAAUUCAAAUGUGAAAUGUGUAUUUCUUCAAGAGACAGUAGUGGAAGUUUUUAAGGUGAGCUUCAAAUGGCGACCAAACUAUGGGCGUGCCAUUGUACUAUUGUCAGCUACAGCACUGUCAUUCUAUGUUGUAACACUAAUAGGAGAAGGUGGCAUUAUGUACCUAUACACAAUCAAGAAGUUUGGGUGGACUGUUGAAGAUUAUACGAGGCUAUCCAUAGCUGCUCUUUCCAUGUCAGCAAUUUGUACAUUUGGAACUAUUUACAUUUUUGUAAAUGUUCUUCACUUUUCUGAAACACUUGUUGCUGCGGUUGGUUUCAUUUGCAAGAUCAUAUCUGCAUUGCUCGCAGCUUUUUCACCGUAUUCAUGGUACCUGUAUCUGGCUGCACUGGCUAAUGCUUUUGGAGGAAUCUGUACAUCACUUAUAAGGUCAACAAUGUCUAAGACUGUUCCACCCAGUGAAGUAGGUAGUGUAUUCUCCCUGACUGCAGCACUGGAGUCUGUUAUGCCACUGGUAGCAUCGCCUCUCUACACAGCUGUGUACAAUGCCACCAUUGCAAGUUUUGCUGGGGCAUUCUACCUGAUGUCUGCAGUUUUCUACGCUGUUAAUGUUGGACUCUCAUUGGCACUGGCAUGUUUACAACGCAAGUGCUCACGAUCGGGCUAUUAUGAAGAGUUGCCAAGCAAUGAUAGCUGUCCUGCAUCUGUAGAUGCUUAAAGUAUCAGUGUUUUCCCUUAUUCAUGUCUACUUAUUGAAUUAAGCCAUGAAAAGUUGUCAGUUACUUCAUCUUGUGGUAAUAUAAUUCUUUGGACCACAAAAAACUCUGAACAGAUAAUCUCUUGUGGCAAUCUAAUUGUAACAGUAAAGGAAGUAAAAUUUAAUAUUGUGAUGCAGUAAGUCUGCCUGUGUGUGUGUAUGUGUGUGUGUGUGUGUGUGUGUGUGUGUGUGUGUGUGUGU